GAUCUGACGCAGCAGCUGGCUAUCAACCUCUGACCUUUCGCGUUCUCCUUCCGAUUUUGAGAAAGGUCCUUCAAUCUUGAGAUUCAACCAGAUCAGAAUAUCCUCGAGUCAAUUGACACUAGCAGAAUGGCGUCUGGGAAAUUACCGUCUAGAGAGCGGCGCCCCUCUGUUGGAGCUCCAAUUGUCGACAUCCAAGGCUCGGUGGGCCCCGCGGGCAUCUCGCGCCCCAAGCACACGCGCGUCUUCACCGGGUUUGGCGCCGGGGAGAUCAAGCAUGUUGAAGCCUCGAUCCCAGAACCCCAGCGCAAGACCUGGCGGAAGCACCAGAGCCGCGGUUUCAAGGACAAGGAUGGAUUCGAGCGCGAGGUGGUGCGGCACGUCGAGACGACGCUGGCGCGCAGCCUUUUCAAUUGUGAUGAAGCUGCCGCAUACUCGGCCACAGCACUUGCCUUCCGUGACCGCUUGAUCCUCGAGUGGAACCGCACCCAACAACACCAGACCUUUGUCGGCAGCAAGCGUGUGUAUUAUUUGAGUUUGGAGUUCUUGAUGGGCCGGGCCCUGGACAAUGCGAUGCUCAACGUGGGACAGAAGGAGCUGGCCAAGGCUGGUCUUGCCGAGCUUGGCUUCCGUAUCGAGGACGUCAUCCAUCAAGAGCACGACGCUGCCCUGGGCAACGGCGGUUUGGGUCGCCUGGCCGCCUGCUUCCUGGACAGUCUGGCGAGUCUGAACUACCCGGCCUGGGGCUAUGGCUUGCGAUACCGCUAUGGCAUCUUCAAGCAGGAGAUCAUCGAUGGCUAUCAGGUUGAGGUGCCGGACUACUGGCUCGAUUUCAACCCCUGGGAGUUCCCCCGGCACGACGUCGCGGUUGAUGUUCAAUUCUACGGCAGUGUCGAGAAGAAGACCAACGAGACCGGUAGGACCGUCUAUCACUGGGAAGGUGGAGAAACCGUCAAGGCCGUCCCGUACGACGUGCCCAUUCCCGGCUACAACACGCCGACCACCAACAACCUCAGAUUGUGGUCGAGCAAGGCGGCCAGUGGCGAGUUCGACUUUCAGAAAUUCAACAACGGCGACUACGAGAGCUCCGUGGCGGACCAGCAACGCGCCGAGACCAUCAGCGCCGUGCUCUACCCCAACGACAAUCUCGACCGCGGUAAGGAGCUGCGUCUGAAGCAGCAGUACUUCUGGGUUGCUGCCUCGCUGUACGACAUUGUCCGCCGGUUCAAGAGGACGAAGCGCCCGUGGAACGAGUUCCCCGAUCAGGUGGCCAUUCAGCUCAAUGACACCCACCCGACGCUGGCUAUCGUCGAGCUCCAGCGCAUCCUGGUCGAUCUCGAGGGUCUCGAUUGGGACGAGGCCUGGAACAUCGUGGUCAACACCUUUGGCUACACCAACCACACCGUUCUCCCGGAAGCCCUCGAGAAGUGGUCGGUUCCCCUAAUGCAGCACCUUCUCCCGCGCCACCUCCAGAUUAUCUACGAUAUCAACCUCUUCUUCCUGCAGAAAGUCGAGCGCGAGUUUCCCGGAGACCUCGAGCUUCUGCGCGAUGUUUCCAUUAUCGAAGAAUCGCAGCCAAAGAUGAUUCGCAUGGCUUACCUUGCCAUUGUCGGCUCGCACAAGGUGAAUGGGGUUGCCGAGCUGCACUCGGAGCUCAUCCAGGCAACCAUCUUCAAGGACUUCGUGAGGAUCUUUGGUCCUGACAAGUUCACCAACGUGACGAACGGCAUCACGCCCCGCCGCUGGCUCCACCAAGCAAACCCACGGCUGUCGGAGCUGAUCGCCAGCAAGACGGGCGGUUACGGUUUCUUGAAGGACCUCACACAGCUCAACCAGCUCGAGCUGCACGUCAACGACAAGGAGUUCCGCAAGGAAUGGGCCGAGAUCAAGUACGCCAACAAGGUCCGCCUGGCUAAGCACAUCAAGGCGACGACGGGCGUCACGGUCAACCCGACUGCACUCUUUGACGUUCAGGUCAAGCGCAUUCAUGAGUACAAGCGCCAGCAGAUGAACAUUUUUGGGGCCAUCCACCGCUACCUGAAACUCAAGAGCAUGUCCCCCGAGGAGCGCCAGAAGCAGCUGCCGCGUGUGUCUAUCUUUGGCGGAAAAGCCGCGCCUGGCUACUGGAUGGCCAAGCAGAUCAUCCAUCUGAUCAACAACGUCGGGGCGGUCGUCAACAACGACAAGGAUAUUGGGGACCUGCUCAAGGUAGUGUUCAUAGAGGACUACAAUGUCAGCAAAGCCGAGAUGAUCAUUCCGGCCUCCGACAUCAGCGAGCACAUCUCGACUGCCGGCACGGAGUAUGUGAAACCUUGUUCUCUGACUCGUGCCCUUGGAGAGUGGACGGGAUGCUAACGGGAGACAGGGCCUCCGGAACCAGCAACAUGAAAUUCGUGCUUAACGGCGGCCUGAUCAUUGGAACCUGCGAUGGUGCCAACGUAAGUGGAGCACGAAGAGAUAUAUGUGAAAAAAAAAAAAAAAAAGAAGAUAAACAGGAUCGAAUUGACGCUGUCAACAGAUUGAAAUUACCCGCGAGAUUGAUGAAGCCAACAUUUUCCUCUUCGGCCACCUGUCGGAGGAAGUUGAGCCUCUGCGCCACGCCCAUCGGUACGGCGAGGCCAGCCCGCUCGACCCGGACCUGGCACGGGUCUUUGAGGAGAUUGAGA